AUGAAACCUAAAGAUUCGUCCAUUCAUACUCGCGAUAGCAUUAAGUACUCAACUGACAAAACAGAAGAUAAGAUUCACAAAUUUAUGACAAAACAAAUUUCACUUGAUGACGUCAGAGGUCUUCGUGUAGUCAAUGAUAAACCCAUUCGUCUACUUUUCCUAGCUGAAGCUACUUCAAAUGUUGGUGUUAUUGUCUUUGUCUUUCUUUAUCCAUCAUUAUUCCUUUCAAUUUUUCUUCAACCCCAAAACGAAAUAACUCCAUUGGCUUCUUUUCUCAUUUUUUUAUGGAAUUCAUGGAUUAUAGUUAUCACUGGUUUGAUGUAUGCUGCGGUGCCAUCAAGAUAUAAUACGCCAACGUUAACAGCUGGUAUUGUGCAUGUUCGUCGUUUUAUCUAUUGGGCUUUAUUGAGCAGUGAAAUACUACUUGCUGUACUAUUAAUCUGCACUGUCCAUCGAACGACUCUCUCAGUAGGUUUUGCAAAUUUUAUAUUAUUUGUAGCCAUGGGUCGAGUUUUUGUCCUUUUCCCGAAGAAAGCCUGGUUUGGCACUGUUGUGUUCGAGUCGAUGGCAGAAAAAGAAAAAUGA